AAUUCAUUGCCAUUUCAUCGGAUCGUAGUGCGGGAAGCAUAGUUCACGUUAAGUGAUUCUGGUGGUGUGGUCGGCCGAUCGAGUGCAUCGAAGAUCGGAUCGUUUAAAAAAUCGACUAAUCAGAUAACUACUACCCGAUACGAUGCGGCUCGGAUCGCUCGCGUUUUUCGUCAUCAUCAUUUCGUACGUCUCGUCGACAACGGUAGACCUCUCAUUUCGAAAAAUGACGAAGGAAGAUUUCUUUAUAAGAAUACAGAAGACGAUCAAUCUGCAAGAAGUGACGGAUCUUAAUUUAAGGGGAAACGAAAUUGACAGUUUUUUAGAUUGCUCUACUAAUCUGGUGGCACUAAAAACACUAGAUUUAUCUCAGAAUCAUCUUCAGCGAUUCUUCUUCUUAUGCAAAGAAGAAUACAAUUUGCAAUUGUUAAACGUAAGCCACAAUAAGCUGGAAUACAUCGACGAUAAGGCUCUCAAUGAUCGAAUAACGAAACUGAAGAUAUUAGAUCUUUCCUUCAACAAGCUCACUGUCGUCAACGAGACCAUGUUACAACACUUAACGAUUCUCGAAUAUUUAUCUUUGUCCUAUAAUCCCAUAGGGGAUGGAAUUCACGAAAGUGCUUUUUGGAAUUUAAAGGUCUUAAAACACCUAGACCUGAGUAACAUAUCUGCGCCAUACUUUUUAUCAGAUUUCUUCAAGACCUUAACGAACUUGUCGACUUUGAACCUAUCCUGGAACUCGAUCAGCGCGAUACCUUUAUUACCGAUAAAUUUACAAGAGCUGGAUUUAUCUGGCACGCAAGUGAUAAGUUUUGAGAACUUAUAUCUACCGCAGCUACGAGAAUUGCGGCUAAACCACAUGCCGAAUUUGACAUCGCUGACGCUGAAUGAUCUCCAGUAUCUGACCAGUCUGGAGACGUUAUCAUUGAUCGGUUCCAAACAGCUGGUCCUACUUAGUCUUUGGUCGCAAAUCGGCAUCGUGCUACCACGAUUGCAGCGACUUUCGAUAAAAGACUGCGGCCUCAAAACCUUGAGUGCCGAGCUGCGCCCUUUGAUACAACGGAUAUCCGUUGUUGAAUUGGAAAACAAUCCUUGGGAAUGCAACUGCAACUUGGAAUGGAUUGGCCUGUUGAAUUCGACCAGGAAUCUCAGUCGAGACAUUAGAUGCCACGAACCAGAUCGAUAUCAUGCCAAACUCCUGGCUGAAAUCCUGAACUAUGAGCUGCAAUGUGAAUACAACACGUCCGUCAUCUAUCCGAUCCUGUGGACAGGCCUCUCGAUAUUGAUCGUUGCCACGAUCGUAGCCGCGGUCUUAGUUCUCCUCAGACGGCCAAUAAGCCAAUGGAGUUUCAAGAGAAGGAACGGGGAUACCGUCACGUACAAAAACGUCGUCGAGUCGAACAAUGAUCUGGUCCGAAUACUGGCGGUGUCCGAGACGCACGAACGCAACGAAGAAUGAAGCCAAAUUGAAAGUGGAAAGAGAAAGAACAACACAGACGAGUGGACGGAAAAAUCGUCCGCUAACAGCGGACGUUUCAGCAAGUCUUUUUACAAAAAGCUUUAUUGUAACGUUACCUUGUAAUAACGUAAAAUAUCGUAAUUGCGAUGACCACCCAUGGAAGUCGUCCUAAAAGAUUAUCUUAUUGUUUUCUUUUUCACAUAGAUGGAA